UCUCUCUCCUAAAUUCUGAGCUGCUUCUUCCUCAACCACCAGAAGCCGGACUCGGAGCUUCUCCCUCUUUUCUCGCUCUAGAAGGUAGAAGACAGGUUGGCUGAAAGGGCGGACGCUAACGUGCACCGGAGGCGGCGGGCUGGCGAAGCUUUUCUUUUUCUUUUUGUUUUUUCUUUUUUAUUUUUUGUUUUUCCUUCCAGUCGUUGAUUUUUUUUUACUAAUUUCACAGUCUAACCCGUCGCCGUUAGAUGGCCGGAAUUCGCCGUGUCAGGGUUUAUAGAUAAGUUGCGCCUCCGGUGCGCAUCGUAAUUAUUAGAAAAUUAUUGGGAAGAAUUAUUAGAAAAUUAUAGAUUUAUUUUUUUUCAUUUUGGAUAUUUGAUUGGGAUUAGUGUGUGAUCUGUAAAUGGGGUUUUCGAAAUUAGACGCUUUAGUUUUAGCAGUAAAUAGAAAAAUUUUCUAUAUAGAGGCUCUUUAAUACUAGAUUUUUAGGGGUUUGAGCUGAACACUAACCUUUUUUUGUUGUUGUAUAUUUUUCUAUGAACGUAUAUGUAUAUUGCUUAAUUGUUCUUUGAAUAGCGAUGAUGGAGAAGAAUGAGAUUGUGAAGACUGGGGAUGGGUUCAUAGAUAGAAGUAAAGUUAGGAUUUUGCUGUGCGAUAAUGAUUCCAAGAGCUCUGAGGAGGUUUUCACGCUAUUGUGCAAAUGUUCUUAUCAAGUGACUAAAGUGAGGUCGCCCAGACAGGUGAUCGAUGCAUUGAAUGCAGAAGGACCUGAUAUUGAUAUUAUACUUUCUGAAGUGGACCUUCCGAUGUCCAAAGGGCUGAAGUUGUUGAAAUACAUUAUGAGGGAUAAGGAGUUAAGGCGAAUUCCAGUUAUCAUGAUGUCAUCUCAAGAUGAGGUUUCUGUUGUCGUUAAGUGCUUAAAAUUGGGAGCUGCAGAUUACCUUGUGAAGCCCCUCCGCACUAAUGAACUAUUGAACUUGUGGACUCAUAUGUGGAGAAGAAGGCGAAUGCUUGGACUAGCUGAGAAGAACAUUCUAAAUUAUGACUUUGAUUUGGUAGUAUCAGACCCGAGUGAUGCUAACACAAACAGCACUACACUCUUCUCAGAUGACACAGAUGAAAAGUCCCGGAAAAGCAUAAAUCUGGAAACUGGUCCCUCUACUCAACAGGAAGAUGAGACCAAUGCCAUAACAAAUGCUGCCUCCCCCGAGACUCUAGUCAUUGGUUCAUUUGAGUUUCUGCCGGAUGUUCCAGGAAGUAGUGAACGAAAAACAGGAAAAUUUUGUUCAUUUCCAAAGAAGAGUGAAUUGAAAAUAGGCGAGUCUUCUGCAUUCUUUACUUAUGUCAAGUCAAACAUGCCCAAGAGCAAUGAGCAAGGUACUGUCCGUAAAAACGUGACUCAUGAUUCAAGGAUCAAUGAGGGUGGGAAUGUGGAUAUUGAAACCAAAGAACAUGGCUUUGGUGAUGCAAUCGGAAAUCAUUCACAAGGAGACGGCUAUCCAAGCAGUAACAGUAUUCCCGACUCUCUCUCUAUGGAAAGGUCUUGUACUCCUCCACCUUUAUCGUUGGAAUUCCCGCAACAAAGGAUGGAUGAGUUCUCCAAGGUGACAAACGAGUCUCACCACGACAUUUCAGGUUAUCAUGCCCAUGCUGCUGCUUAUCCACCACCGUAUUACAUUCCAAGGAUAAUGAAUCAAGUUAUGAUGCCCUCUUCACAAAUGUAUCAUCAAAAGAACUUGCCCGAUCUUCACAACCAUGCUAAUCCCGCUAUGCUUCCAACAUACAGUCAUUUACCGCAUUGUCCUCCUCCCCAUAUGCCUGGAAUGGGAUCAUUUCCCUAUUUUCCAAUGAACAUGUGCUUGCAACCAGGCCAAAUGCCAACACAACAUCCAUGGGCAUCAUAUGGGAGCUCCUCGUCUGCUGAUGGUAUGAUGGGUAAAAUAGACCAUAGAGAGGCAGCCUUGAUGAAAUUCAGGCAGAAGAGAAAGGCGCGAUGUUUUGACAAGAAGAUUCGGUAUGUGAACCGCAAACGCCUGGCAGAUCGGAGACCUAGAGUUAGGGGACAGUUUGUUAGGAAGCCCAAUGGAGUUGUUGUGGAUCUUAAUGGACACCCUGCCUCGGGAGAUGAUGAUGAAGAUGAGGACGACGAUGACCAAACAACUACUUUGGUUUCCUCACCUGAAGAUGACACUUCAAUUUCUCUACUAUGAACCGUCAAUGGAGCUUUUGUAUCAGGUAUUAUUAGCGUAAUUGCACAACUCGGACUCGACUUUGCCCACGAAAAUGUUGUCGUUGGUUUCAUGCAAGAUCGAUCUCAAUUUGAGAGAGAAAUCCCGCUUCAGUGCUAUGCUCUUCCAAUCUCAUUUGGAGCUUAUAUGGGGAGGAUUUGUGGAAGUUAGCAAAUGAUGGCUGUGACUUGGUUGCUUUGAAUAUAUAUGUUGUACUUUGAUCCAUAUAAAAAGAGUGUCAAGGUUAUCAGACCAUCAUGAACAUGUAUCAUUUUUUUACGGGAAAACGCCAUACGAAUUAUGAUGAGACUGCUCUGCUGUAAUAGGUUUUGGUUGGUUGGUUAAUCAUACAAAAAGAUCUUCACUUUUGGCCCC